CGCAGUCAGUCACUCGAUCGAGCUGCCGGGCACGGGUCGCGCGCGCGCGAGCGAGCGUGCGAGCAAGCGUCGAACAGCACAACGCCGUCGACGGCGCGAGCAUACGCGACUGGAGGCAUGAGAGAGCGCUGACUCGGCAGCAUGGGUACCGCGAACGAGGACGAGGACCCCAUGCGGGGCACCGUGCUGCUCACCACCUUCGUCAUCCGCCGGAAGCGCUGCCGCGUCUACUUCCACAGGGGCACGCUCGUCUGGGAGACCGAGCGACCGCCUUACACGCGAUGGAAGCUGGCGCUGACGGAUGUGAUAUCGGCCACCUACGGGCCUGGCGGCGGCGGCGGCGGCGGCAGCAGCUUCGAGGACGAGGCGCCCACCAGCUUCGCCCUCAACUACGCUGCCAGAGCGGCCAAGAAUAAGUGGCGCAAGCACACCGUCACCAUGAGUCACGACGAUCCACGCCAGAUCGCCUCCUGGGUUAAGACCAUCAACAACUACCUCGCUGCGCUGCCGCAGCGCCCAAGGAAAAUCCUGCUGUUCGUGAACCCGUACGGCGGCAAGCGCAAGGGCCUGCGCAUCUGGGAGAAGCGGGUGGCGCCGCUGAUGCAGCUGGCCGGCGUGGAGGCCAAGGUCGUGGUCACCGAGCGCGCCGGCCACAUCCGCGACACGCUGCUCUCCUGCGAGCUCGACAACUACCAGGCGGCGGUCUGCGUGGGCGGCGACGGCACCUUCUCCGAGCUGUUCAACGGGCUGAUCUGGCGCGCGGCGCGCGACCUGCGCCUGGACCUGAACGACCCGGGUGCCCCGCUGCCGCAGCCGAGCCUGCCCGUGGGCAUGAUCCCCGGUGGCAGCACCGACACGCUCGCCUACAGCCUGCACGGCACCUGCGACGCGGAGACCGCGGCGCUGCACAUCAUCUUCGGCGACACCGCCGGCCUCGAUCUGUCCACGGUGCACGGCGACGGCACCGGCUUGCUGCGCAUCUACGCCAGCAUACUCAGCUACGGCUACCUCGGCGACGUCGUGCGCGACAGCGAGAAGUUCCGCUGGAUGGGGCCGCAGAGGUACGACUACUCGGGCUUCAAGAAGAUCAUCGCCAACAAGGGCUACGAGGGCGAGGUGAUGCUGCUCUCGGACACCGACGAGCCGGCCUCCGGCUCGAGGUGCACCCGCGACUGCCCGCGCUGCAGCGAACGCUCCGGCCCCGGCGGGCCCGAGGACCGCCUCUCCAGUGAGUCGCCGGGCCCUCGCGUACGGCCGCCGCCUCGCGCCACACUCACGCGCUCUGCUCGCUCGCCAGGGUGGCUGACCGUGCGGGGCAAGUUCUUCAUGGUCAACGGGGCGAACGUCUCGUGCGCCUGCGCCAAGAGUCCCAUGGGCUUUAGUCCGCACUGCCACAUCGGCGACGGCUGCGUCGACGUCAUACUCGUCAGGCACACCUCCCUCAUCAACAACAUCCGCAUGCUGCUGAGGCUCGGGAGCAAGGACAAGACGCUGUACGACCUGCCGUUCGUCGAAGUCUAUCGAGCCCGAGAAUUCACGUUCCGCGCUUCCGAGCCGAAGCGCCGGCAGCAGGACCAGCCGGAGCCGGACGCCAAGGCAAAGCCCAAUCGCGGAUUCAAGUCGCAGCUGAGCAGCUCGGCGCUGAGCGUGUGGAACUGCGACGGCGAGGUGAUCGACGCCGCCAGCGUGAAGAUCAGAGUGCACUGCCAGCUACUGAAGGUACUGACGCGCCGCAUGCAGCCAGCUCCGGAAUCCCGUCGCAGAUCGUCCUGGUUCUGCUUACUCUGAGAUCUGCUCGGCCAGCCGUCGUCGUCCGACGCUGCCUCGACUUGCGCAACGAUGCCCCUACUCCGUUGAAAAUCGCAUAGCUACGACUGUUUUCACGAGUCGCUCGCUUGCAAUUACAUUUCCAGGGUAUAACAGUAUUCGUGCAUAAUCAGUAGGAAUUGACGGCUUAACUGUACAUAAUAACGUUGGUGCUGUGUAGCUUAUAGGACUUUUGUUUUUAAUUUUUGUGUAAUCGAUACGUUGAUUUUGCGCGCGAAAGCGAUGACGCUGUUGUCAACUGAAACUUGAAGACCUGAUUUCAAGCGGAUAGCAUUUUAUAGGUGCAUUUUUGAGAGACAACGACGAUAUUUUUGGGGCUGGAAUCUCAAACAUUCCAAUGUUGUAACUGUUGUAAAAUCGCGUUCUCGAAUUGAGGAAGUGACGUCGGGACGAUGCUUCAAAUGAAUUCUGCGAGGAAAAAUAAUCUAACGAACGGUGCAAAAUUAUACUCGAUGUAUUCGCUGUGACAUUUCGGUAAAUAUGAUAUUGUUAAUUCUAUAAUGUGUAGCGCGAGAUCGUAAAAGUGUUUCGAGACAGUAUUUUGUGAUAGCGAAUGAAAAUGCUCCGCAUUGAAGGUAUAGUUUUAUACUUAACGAGAUAUUGUAUUUUGCAUUUAAUGCCUUUUUUGAAGAAAAACAAAUUAGAAUGCUUUUUAUAAUGUUGGAGGUUUAUAACUUUUGAUGCGAAUCUAUACGGAGGAUGAAACUUUUCUAGGAGAUAAGAUAAUGGUAUUUUUCGAAAGAGAUGAUCUGUAUUUUUAGUCUGUUUUAAGAGCGCAACUUUCAGUCUACCAAGUUGAUUUCUUAAGACAUUGAACGUGAUUCAACAUUUUACAUUGUCGAUUAAUUACUGUAUCUUGUAUUCUUUUUUAACAAACGAGCUUACUAUGAAAUGGCAAUUGUACUUCGUAAGAUAGUUUAUACAACGUUUAUUUCAUUUUCGUUUGGAUAUCGAUGAAAAGAAAUAUUUGCAUGGACAUCAACUUUUAUUUAGACAAAUGAAAGUUGAAAGAAAUAGUAUAAUAUUAUAUGUAUAAUAUUAUAUGUAUAAUCGUGUAUGAGAUACAGCAAUGUUCGUUUUUAUUUUUGUCGUAUGUAAGUGGACUCAAAAAGUAUACUUAAUUAUAGAUUUUAUUAAUAUUUUUUACAAAGGUAUAUGGAACGUGUAUAUCUGCUGUAUACGAAUAUUAUUUGUGUUCAAUAUACUUUUUUUAUUUGAUAUCCGUAUGCAGUUAUUUUGUGGAUUAUUUCCAUCAGAGCUAUGUAACCUUUAGUAAUUUCUUUUUUUAGUGAACAAUGAUAAUUGUACAUGGUGCAUUACUUCUAUGAAAUAAAUGCGACUUCUUCUAAAUUGUUAAUUAUCAUUGACUAUACGCGUACACUUUUGGCAUGUUCCAUUGUUCCUAUUGUGCUCUUUUUUAAAUGUUAUUCACGUCUUGUACCCUAGUUGAAAAUAAACUAAUUUUGAGUAAAAAUGGCGUGAAGUAUUUAAAGGCGAAUUUUUUUAAAUUGUAAUUGUAUGUAAAAAUCAAUUGCGACUAUUUUAUGAAGCAAACGAAAUGUUUAGCUAAGUUUUCAUAGAAAUACGUUAUAGCAAAUAAAAUUAU